CCACCAUGCCAUUGCGAUGGAUCCCCCGACCACUCAGGUGAAGUUCCUCUGCAAGACUCCAUUCCGACCCUUUUGACAAUUCUGCAAUUCAUCCUGCAUGCAAAGAAGAUUGAACUUCUUCGUCAGCGACAACCCCGACUGGGUGACCGAGGCGCAACCAUGGCCACUGCGACCGUCGGGUCCAAACGCUCGUUCUCGACCAUGAUUGACAAUGCUGCGCCCAGCAUCGAGUGGGCAUCACCUCCCUCGCUCCAGCGCGCCAAGACUCCCGCUUCGUAUGGGUACAACCGACAUCUGGGAGGCAUAGCAGACUCGCGCAACUCGAGCGCUCGAUCCACUCCACGAACCACUCCAACACCUGUACCUCCUCCUACAGAAUGCCGCCGACGUUUCGAGUCGAAUGCAUCCAUUGUGCUGGUGGGAAUCCGCGGCACAGGAAAGUCUACACUGGCCAUCAUGGCCUCAAUGGCAUGCCGUCGUCGAGUCGUCGAUGUUGAGGUCCGGUUCCAGGAGGCCACGGGCUUUUCAAGCGCAAAAUAUAGAAAGCAGUUUGGGGCAUCAAACCACAACUUGCGGCAGGAGGAGCUGCUGCGUAAUAUACUUCAGACACAUGAUAAAGACGCUAUCAUUGUAUGCAAUGGGAGUGCCUUGGAGAGAAGCGGCCAGGUUCUGCUCCAGGACUUCUCCAAUGCACAUCCCGUAAUCCACAUCUUUCGCGACAUUGCGAGUGUUCACAGUUACCUGGAGGUCGUUGAGUUAUCCAAGUUACAGGAUUUGGUGGCAUUCACUGCGCCAAUAUUCCGACGUUGUUCCAAUUACGAGUUCUACAAUAUAUCCGAGAGCAAGGCCGCUCUUUCAGUGGUACCUGUGAACCAACCUUCGGUGCCCGCGUUUCUCACUCUGAAAAGGGCUGAGCGUACUUUUCUCAAAUUUCUUUCCAUGAUCAUAUCACCCGCGGCAACGUACGGCGUGGGCCAAGGUGUACCAAUAUCUUUCGAACCUGGCUUCCCAUUAUCCGAAGUGCCUGUAGAGCUCAGAAAAUACACGUGUGCCGUCCAAGUGCCCCUCUCCGAUUUAGAUCCAGAAGAGGUGGAUAUUGAAGGCUUAGAAUUCGGGUCGGAUGCGUUUGAAGUGGUUGUUGAGCCCGUCGAAAUCGAACAACGUUUCCAGCAGCUUCCUACGGACAGAGCAGAUCGCAUCAGCAACGCGAUAGCCAAGAUUCGGAGGAGCACUGUAGUUCCUGUCAUAUAUCAUGUAACACCGGCAGCAGAACACAGUUCAAAUGUUGCCUACCUAGAACAUAUACGCCAUGGUUUGAGGAUGGCACCGGAAUUCGCUACUAUCGAUUUAUCCUUGGACGAAGCGAAUGUGCGAGACAUCAUCGAAUCGCGAGGAUCGACCAAGAUUAUCGGGCACCUGCACACUUCGGUAGACUGGUACAAUCCGUUUUGGAUUGAAAAGUACGAGGCGGCCAUGCGUCUGGGAUGUGCUGCAGUGAGAUUCACUCGGCCAGCCAAUUUUAUGGACGACAACCAGGCUAUACAGAGUUUUCGCAACAAGAUAUAUGAUAAGCCUCGGUCGAUUCCCCUCAUAUGCUUCAAUACUGGCCGUCCAGGACGCCGCUCGGCAUGCUUUAAUCAAGUGCUUACCAGCGUCAUUCCGGCAUCAGUGAGAGACGGACCGUCAUUCCAGUCUAGGACCGAGCAUAACCCGGAAACAUCAUGGCUUACUGUACGAGAAGCAACCCACAUCUUGUACGCAUCAUUUACGUACGAUCCUAUGAGGUUCUAUAUCGUAGGGGCACAUGCUGGAUACAGCCUCUCUCCAGCCAUGCACAAUGCAGCUUAUAAGGCUUGUGGUAUGCCACACAACUACACGACAGUGCAAACAUCAACGUUGAACACACUGCAAGAAUUAGUGCAGGACCCCAGCUUUGGGGGUACUGCCAUCACUCAGCCGUUCAAGUUAGAAGUUAUUUCGUUGGUCCAUUCUAUGAGUAGACACGCACGCGCCAUCGGUGCGGUCAACACUCUUAUUCCAGUGCGUCAUAUCAAUGAUGAUGGCACUAUACCUGGAGACUUGGACUUGUUCAAAGAACGAAACCAGUCUGGACCUGUCAAAGCCCUCUAUGGAGACAAUACGGAUUGGAUUGGAAUUAAAUCAUGCAUUCGAAGAGGGCUUUCACCCGCCAACGCGGUCAGGCCAAGCACAUGCAGUUUGGUAAUUGGUGCAGGCGGUAUGGCACGUGCCGCAGUGUAUGCGUUGUUGCAACUCGGAGUGAAGCAUAUUGCUGUGUACAAUCGAACAGCGGCGCAUGCGGAGAAGCUUGUGGCACAUUUUGACCGCCUGGUUGCUUCCUCGGCGGAUACGGGACUGCUGCCCUUGAGCGGGCAAAAUGCAGAGCCGACGUUCCACGUUCUCCUCUCCCGAGAUGAUGCUUGGCCAGCUGAUCUUCGACCACCGACGAUAAUACUUUCGUGCAUCCCGACACACCCGGCUGACGGUGCGCCUUCACCUGGCUUCACGUUACCUCAGCAGUGGAUGCAUAGCUUGACAGGAGGUGUGGUGAUUGAGCUCGCAUAUAGAACGUUGAAUACGCCUCUGAUGAGACAGAUCAGAGAGGUAAGGUCUCGUGCAUGGGUAUGCAUGGAUGGAUUGGAUUUGUUGCCUGAGCAAGGUUUCGCACAGUUUGAGCUAUUUACUGCCAAAAGAGCACCACGCAGGGUAAUGCGGGAGGAGGUGCUGCGAUCUUGGACGGACGAACAGGGACGGUCUGAUCCGGCUAUGGUACAGACUAGACUGGAAGCAAUUGACGAACAGGAACCAUAAUGACUAAAUGUAUGUAAUGAUAUAAGAAUUUUCGGUACACCACGGGUCGAUGAAGGCCCUUGCUCUCUCAUACAAUGUUCUUCUUUUCCAGCAUGUCGCAUUGUGUUGUAACAUAAUAGGGAACAGGUA